GAGAUUACUGGAAUAAAAGAGACUAAGAUACGUGUUCCUACAAGAAUAUCUUCAAAAGAACUUAAUAAUAUAAUUAUUAAGAAUUUUGGAUUAGAGAGUAUUCAGAGUAAUAUCAUUCUUGCUGUUAAUGAAGAAUUUAUAGAAGAUAAUGUCAAACUCCAAUUGUGUGACACAGACGAAGUUGCUGUCAUCCCACCACUUAGUGGAGGAUAACAUGGAAGAACCAAAAAAUAUUCUUAAACUCCAACCGAAUAAAUUAAAAAUUGAUGAAAUAGUAGAUUUAGUAACUUCUCCAUCAUGUGGAGCAAUAUCAACAUUUAUUGGAACUACCAGAGACAACUUUGAAUCUAAAAAAGUUUUGAAAUUAGAAUAUGAAGCUUAUGAACCAAUGGCUUUAAAGGAAUUAAAAAAUAUCUGUGAUAAAAUCAGGGAAAAGUGGGAUGUUAAACAUAUAGCUAUUUUUCAUAGACUUGGUGAAGUACCAGUUUGUGAAAGCAGUGUAAUAAUAGCAAUCUCCUCUGCACAUCGACAAGAGUCACUACAGGCUGUUCAGUUCACUAUUGACACCUUAAAGUCAAAUGUCCCAAUUUGGAAAAAGGAAAUAUAUGAUACAGAAGAAUCAGCGUGGAAGGAGAAUAAAGAAUAUAACGAAAUCAUUCCUAAAUCAGAAUUUCCAAAUGAUUGUCAAGAUGACAAAAAUGAAGUUAAAUUAAUUACUGAAGAUCAUGUAAAAAAACAAAUUGAACUCGAUCCUGAUCAAGUUCAAGUGAGAGCUGAUUCUGCAGAAUUGAAAAGGAGAAUUGAUUCAUUUAUCUUCAGGAAAAGGCAACAAGUUAAUAGUGUAAAUAUUCAAGAAUUUUGCUGUCAUAGGAAUGUAAAUGAUGAAAAUGAAAAUUCUUGUGCAAGAGUUGAUGCGAUACUAGUACGUCGUAAAGACUCUAAAAGUCACGUUAAAGUUCACCGAGUUUGCAACUUACAAGGACCACAGACAAAUUCAAUUUCAUCGACGCGAGAAACGAAUCAAAAAGCACUUGAAAUAAAUAACCCAUCAUUAGAUGAGAGAUUAUCAGUUGCAGAAAAAUUCCUCAAAAUUAAUAAACCUGUCCCACGUGAUAUAUAUCAACGAAUUAAGAACAUUGAGGACAGAUUGUUAUAUCUUGAAAGUAUUUCUCCUGAAUAUGGUGAUUUUUGUAUUAAAGAAAAUCCUGAAAGUCCUAAUCAUCAUUCACAUAAUGCAAAAAGAGUAAGAUUUUGAUGUGAAAUAUGAAAAAUAAACCAAAAUAUUGACUUUUAUAAUAUAAA